AAAUGCAGUCGUGCAAAUUUCGACUGUAAGGACUUUUAUUUUGAAAUCCACUUCGCAGGAGUUCACGCCACGGAAUAUCUCGCGAGAUUUGCAGUCUUUACGUCGAUUCAACGUGGAUGCCCAACACGGCUUUAUUCGAAAUUCAGGCUGGCAUUGGAAAUGGCAGAGAAUGGGUGUCAUAUCAUCCCAGAAGAAGCCCCUAACCCACAGCAUCCGCCUAAUAAGGAGCCGGAUGUAGCAGAUGGACCAGGUUCCUGUGGCCUCUCUGAGUCUCAAAGGGAGGUUCUGGACCGCUGUCUUCAUGCUCUGACUCAUGCCAAAAAUGACAGCCACAUUUUAGCAGCACUGCUUCUGAUCACAAGGCUGUGCCCUGCAGGCCAACUGGAUAAUGAGAGUCUGCAUCGCAUCUUUGAGGCAGUGGGUUUGAAUCUGCCGGCACGCCUUCUGGUGACGGCAUUUAGGGGCAGCGAUAGUUCUGGUUUGCCCCCGAAUGAAUUGAUCUCCCUGGGUACCGCUCUGCUUGCCGCCCUCAGUACAGAUGCAAACAUGGCUUCUCAUCCACAACUCCUCGGCACAGUCCCUUUGAUUCUGAGCAUACUGGAGAAUGGACCCACCUGGACCUCUGAGAAGAGCUCAGGUUCUCAGACUACGAAUACAGAUGAUGAAAGUGGACAUAUAAACACCACAGAUUCUCAGACAAACCAAGUCACAUCUUCAGGCCAAAAAGCAAGCUCAGAUCCCUCAGGGUUGAGCAAAGGAGAUGAACCAACUCAAACCAGUGUUUCUAUGCUGGAUGAAGCUUUGGCAUAUGACUGCUACCAAAUUCUCAACGCUGUGUGUGCUCUGCCACAAGGUCCAGAGCAACUGUUUUCCCGCGGUGCUGUUCAAGCGCUCUGCAGAGCUGUGCUGAAGAAACAGACUUUAAGCUGUGACAAAGGACUCCCGUUGCUUGGUCACCUCCUGUCGUCCAGCAUAAGACCACAGGCUUGGACCAAGUACUCAUCUGAUCUUCUUGAACUCUUGCGCAUUGUCUCCCAAAAUUUCUGCAUGGCCACAGAUGAAGACAGAUUAGAGAUGUGUUCUCAAAUACCACAGUUUCUUCCUCCGCCAGGGGAUAAGCCUAUAAACCAGGAACUUAAAGAAAUUGUGCGUAAUCUAUGGGCUUCCCUACGGCCUUUGGUUCAAAGCAAACUUACCAAAGAUCAUUUAGGCCUUGUUUUUGUAUUAUCUGCUUGCUUGUUGGAUCUGUAUGGCUGGGAGUGCGUGGGACCUCCUAAAAUCUGUUGCCUGCUUGUAAACCGGGCGUGCGUGGAAGUGAGGAUGGGUCUAGAAGAGCCGCCCGGUGCAGAAAUGUCCCCCCAGCAGCAGCACACGCUCACCGCUUGCUAUCGUAUCAUGGAGGCUGCUAUGGAGCAGGCGUGCAGCCAGGGGGCGGUCUCAAAUCCUGCCCAGGUACAGACUGCCAUCACUGGGCUGAGUCUUCAGCAGAGCAGGCAGGUUUUGGGUGCUUUGGAGGAGGCCUUCUCAGCUGUAAUUUACUAUCUGAAACAGGUGGACCAGGCCCACUAUGAUGAUCCGUUUAUGUUUGCCACUUUCCGUUCGCUCUGUGCUUGGCUCGCUGAAGAAACGUCAUGCUUGAAAGAUGAUGUCAUUGCCCUUCUGCCUUGUCUUAUUGGUUAUGCCAAAAGUCACUUUAAGGGAGGCAGAAAAGAAAAGGGGCUCAGUGAUUGGAUGUCAAAAAUGUCCAUCAACAACAAUUCACAAGAUGGAACAUGGACAAGAGAAGCAGCUCUUCGAUAUCUUCUCCCAGCGUUGUGUCAUCUCUCUGCUGAAGAUGAACCGAGACGGGUUCUUCUCUCCCUGGAUGCUCCAGCCUUGCUAGUGGAUUUUCUGAGCAAGGGCUGGGGGACUUUAAGAGGUCAAAGUGGAAAAACAGUAAGCAGAGAUCCUGGUCUGGAAACUGCAUGCUCUGCUUUACUCAAUUUUGCUAUCACAGAGCCAGAACGAGUCAGGAGUGAUCCUUGUUUUGUCGCUCUGGAGAUGAUGCUGAGUGAGGCACUGCCUAUUCUACUCCAUAAGCCCCGCCUCUUGGUCCUAGCAGCUAACUGUUGCACUUUGGGUCUUAUGAUUGGCAGACUGAAACCAGCAUCCACUGAGCCCGUAGAACCCAGCCAGCGGCGUUUUUUCUCCGCCGUUCUGUCAUUUCUUCUGAGUGCUAUCCAGUCCGGAUCUGCAUCUAACACUGCACAGUUCAGCGCUCUCUGGUUGGAAAACUGGGAGGAGGCUGGAGAGCUCUGGAGGCUCAGUCUGCAGGCUCUGGGUGGUUGUGUUAUGGCAAAGCCUUGGAUAACCAGCCUAAUCAGAGAUGAAGGGUGGCUUCAAAACAUCUUCACCCUGCUAGGAUCCAGUGGAAAACUCCCAGACCAACUUUCUCAAGAUGCUCUAGAAGAGGUUCUGUGUGCAAUUUCUAAACAAUGCCCUUUGUGUCUUAAAGACAUUCGUUUAUUAGUGAAGGGUCCGAGCUGCGGGUCUCUUCGGUGUAUGCCAAAACUUAGGAAAAUAUUGGCGGAGUAGCAUCUGUAUGAUAGUAAUUUAAAAGGACAGAUGAAGCACUUACUGUGUUGUCUGUGUGUCAUAUCAAACAAAUAUUCACAAAAUAUUUGUAAAACAUGCACUCUGUGGCCAAAGUUUCAAUCGGAAUAUGAAAUAAAAUAUUUUUGCUUACAA